AUGGCUGGCGGAACCUCGCUUACGCGCAGGCCACAUGUGAGGAACCUUGCCAGUUUUGAAAAGAUGGAAGUAUCUGCUUUUUUCAAGAGCAAAAAUCCCUUCCCCCUUGAAUCUAGUCUGAAGUUUAAAGUUGAAAGGAAGAACUUACCUUCUCACAAUGCCAUGGUUUCUUCCGCAAGGGCCACAUUGCCUUUAAUAUAUCAGAACGAUGUUUGCCGUGCCAAGUGGCACUAUGCAUGCUACAAAAAAGAGUGCUUUAAGAAAGUUGCUCAGGACCUUCAUUUUGCAAAAGAUGUUGUUAAGCACAGAGUGCCCUCAGCUGUGCCUUAUAAGGAAUAUAACCACAUGCACCUAUAUGAUUUUUCCAGUUUUAUGCAACCACAAGUAAAUGUAAAAAUUAUUUCUAAGAAGCAGCCAAGGAAGCUCAAACCAUUGAGGAGAGUGCCUUUCAGAAUGAAAUCAGACAUUGCUUCUACCAAGCAUGUCACCACCACAAAUGCUCCUGUGUCUUUGGAAGAAAGCAUUUGGAAAGCCAGGGAAGAAAGUACAUUUGCAGAGCCACAUCUGCUGGUACCUAUUCCUUCUCCUCCACCUCCGCCUCCGCCUCCUCUUCCACCUACUUGUGAGCCUCUGUACAGACAAGCGUUCCUGACUGAAGUUCAGGAACCAUUAAGAGGCACAAUGAACAAAAGAUCAGCAAAAUUCACAACAAUCCGGGGUACCACAGUCCCUGAACUAGAGCAUAAAGACCUGGGAUGGGAAGAAAAACUGUUGACAAAGUUAAGCAAAGCUACAGCUCAGUGGAUUGUGAAUAAUCAGCCCUCUUGGGGAGGCUGGAUUCAGGGUAAGCCACAGGGUUUCAAGAGGCAAAAAUAUGACUGGAAUAGUAUCAGGUAUGUACUGCCUUUUGAACGUGAUGUGGAAUUACUGGAUGAAAUUCAGGCGGAGGAGAAUGUUGUGGAAAGUUGUAUUCAAAGCCAAGAAGCAAAGCAACAAGAGAUGCCUCUCCCUGCCUAUUAUAGGACACCAUCUUUCCACACAAGAGUGCUGCGCCUAGAUGACCCAACUGCUAGAAACCAAACAGCAGAUAUAAUACCAGAGAAGAGUCUCAAACCGGUAUUCCCUAUCAAACAUCAUGAGAGACUGAACUCUCGAGUUGGGAAAUACUCUUAUACCACCCAGAAUGUCUUUGAGCAAGAUCUCUAUUUUGGGUCAGCCAGAAUUGUUCAUCAAGAGACCAAGAAGGAUUGUUUGGUUAUGGAUAAUCAUGAUGAAUAUUACAAACACCUUGAGCAAUGCUACCCAAGACCUCCUGAGCUCUGGAGUUUCAGGCCACCAAAAAAGACAAUUCAAAGGGUGCAAAAGGGAGCCAUCCACUGGACAGCACCUCCCACCCUCAUUGAAGACUUUGCUAAAACGGGAGAGGUUCAACUCUCUGUACCACCUGGGAAGAAAAGAAAGUGCCAAAGGAGACCUGAAGAAGAUGUACCUGAGGAGAUUCUUAUCCGCAGGACUAUGCUGCAACAGUGGAAGGCUGCUUGGAAAUAUGAUCCUCGGUGGCAGUCAGCAACUAUAGAAGGAUUAAUUAGAGAUCUAGUAGAUGUGCAUGUUCAUAACCGGAUCAAUGCGAUACUUAUGUGUGCAUCUGCUGUGCUUGAACAGUCUCAAGCAGUCCAAGAAAUAAGUCAGGAGACAGUAAUAGGAAUAGAAGCUGGUGCAAAGGUAUUCACAACUGAGGAUAUACCAGAGAGAAUCCAGCCUUUACUUCGAAAUACUCUGUUUGAUAAAGAUGCCCAUGUGAGAAUGGCUGCUGCGGUGUGCUUUUAUGCUAUAGGGCAGAGUAAUGAAAACGCACAGGCCAUCAUGAAGGAUGCUCUGCUCAAUGGGAAUAGUGCAGACAGCUGGACAGCAUCUCAGGCCCUGGCACUGGAGGGCAUGACCAGUUUCUCAGUUGUGAAGAGGAUUCUGUCCCAAAUUUUCAAUCACACGGACAGUGCUGCAGAAGAUCAGGCUGUUCUUCUGUUAACUCGGCUUAGCAAAUGCACAGGCUUGGUUCAUUGUUUACUGGCAACUGAAUUGAACAGCUACCAGUGGAAACGUCGGGUUUUGGCCUGUAAAACAUUGUCUCGUAUUCGUGGGAGUGUCAGUCAGGAUCUCAAGAACAAAAUUGUUCAGCUGAUGUGGACAGAUUGGAAAUUUGACGUACGCCAGGCAGCUGCUAAGGCAUUGGGACAUCUGGAGCUUGGGAAAGAAGUUCAUGACCAGCUCAGGGAGAGGUUGAAAAGAGGAAAUUACCGGAUGCGGGUGGAAGCUCUGUCAUUGAUUGGCUUGCUGAAACUCAUGACAGCCAGAUUGCUGCCUAGUUUUCUCCAGUGUUUCUCAGACAACUUUGUAGCCGUCCGAAAAGAAGCCUGCUGGGCAGCUGGAGUACUUAAGAUUAAAGAAGAGACGGUGCUUAAAUGCCUUUUUAAGAUAAUGCAGACAGACCCACUCUGCAAAAUAAAGGCUCUGGCUAUCAGAGCUCUGGGUCAGAUCGGUGAGGCAAGCCCCUACUUAAAAGAUCUGCUUCUUUGGGCCCUUCACUAUGAAGAAGACCCUGGGGUACGAAGGGAAGCCUGUCGUAGUAUCAUCAUUCUCAAGAUGCAGGAUGAAACCGUUCGGGCUACCUUACUGGAAAGAAUGAUAUUGGAGCCAAAUGAGCUUGUCAGAGAGGAGGUGAGUCGUGCUGUGACAACUUUCAAUUUUGAACAGGAAGAGGAACAAGAAAUGAUCCAGAAGAUCAAAGACAAGAUUGCCACGUUAAGCCAAAAAGACUUGGUGAUUAAGAAACUGCUGAAACUCCAAGAGAUAACAGAAAACACAUGGCAUGAAGCCCAUCGCAUCUACCGGGAAAAGGGAGAUACCUUUGCAUACAGAGAGAUACAGGACAUCUUCUUUGCUGCUGUUCAAGCUCCUUUCACCGUGCAAACUCACUGUCCAAGCAGGAAGUUCUCGAAGUUACGGUCUGCUAUCUUAAAGUUAUUACCAUGGUUAGGAAUCUCACCAAACCCAUGGACACAAAAAGCCUUCCUAGGAGCACAGGAAAUACACAAUGCUGAGAAAAGAAAGGUUCCACAAAACCAAAAAUACUGACAGAGAAGCAGAAAGAUUUCAGUGUCAUCAAGAAGAGUGAAGAAACAACCGCCACUGUUCAUUUUGUGCCAUAGCUAAG